CGGAACAUGACUUUCGUGUUACAAGAUAGAACAAGUCCUUAUAGAUCGAAUGGCAUUAAAUCAAUAGUUGUUUCUUGAAAUUGACACAUGUAUUACUCAAAACUUUUCUAGACUAAUAUCUAUCGUUAUUGCUUAAUAUAUUUAUAAGAAAUUUCAUUUUGUAUCUGCCAUGAAGGAUAGAAAGGUUUAUUUUGUUUGUUUUCAUGUCCUUAUUUUUCUAGUUCUGCAAGCCUCAACAAAUAGUGACCACAAUGGGCUGACACUUAACACAUUCAGUCAAGAAGAUUGUGUUACUAGUUGCGCUGCUGGACUUCGAUGUCCUAUAGACAAAAUUGUACUUCAAGGUUUCAUAGAUACAGGAAAAUUUACUGCCCAACAUAAGAAAAUAUUUAGCUUAGAGACAAGAAAGAAAAGUUAUCCGUUUGAAACAUUUUGUUCUCUGGCCUUUUUCGAGUGUAAAGGAUACACAACAGAUAAUUGCUAUUGUGAGCAGUUAGACCCUGAUAUUUACCUCUUUAUCUUAAACACAACUGCUGGUGUGAAUUUAAGUCAAAAUGAGGCAAUACUCACUGUGGUACAUGAUCAGCAUGCAGAUAUAUCAAGUAUUUCUAGGCAUCUACCAAAAAUGUAUGAGUCUUCCGAUAUCACGCUUCAGGUCAACGAUUUACAAAUAACUCCAGACGUCAAAACCUUCAAAGUCUCUACACAUGAGGAAGGCCAGAUUACCUUCUGCUGUCAUAAUACACCGACUCCUUGUGAUGUUUCCAUUUCGAAAGAUGGGCAUAUUGUAUCAUCUAACAUAACUUGUACAUCGUACAAUCACCAUCCAGGCCAAUCUAAUCACUAUACUUUUACAUAUUUUGUUUGUAAUGAGAACAAAAUAUCCUUUACACUCUCAGCAGAAGAUGCUGAUAGUAAAGUGGGAGAAAGUUUAAGAAGUUAUCAACUUUUGCUUUAUUUUUUUGUUGCGAUUCUUGUGGUUAUUAUAUAUAAUGGUUAGUAAAAUAGCAAUAAUGUAUAGUAUAUAUUUAAAAAAAUAAAUUACAUAAGCAGCCGCGUAUUAUACGUUUUAAGAAAUACUAUUUAAAGCAUGUGCGAUUAAUUUAGAUUCUAUUUUACUUUUUUCAAAACAUUAAUACUUUUUUUUUUAUUUGUACAUUGCACGAUAUCUUAUCUUCUUAUCAUAUAAAAUUCAGACGUUACUUCAAAAAAGAGGAUGACAACGACAUACACGUCAUGUAUCUAGACAUAGUUAGAUGAUGAAACUGUAGUUAUGUUAGAGGGGAAAGUAGUAAUAUCAGUUUGCUGGGUGAAAUGAGCGUUAGUGAUGGAUUUUUUUUUCAUACGUCGGUAUUAUACAAAAUUUGGCGAAAUGGAAACGAGGCUUAAAUUCACGUUGUGGAUUACAAGUCACUUGUUUUACUGUCUACUUGACAUAAUUAUUUUUAUAAUAACCGGGUAAUAUUUUUUUUUUGUUUUGUUUUAAAAUGUUUGUUUUCUUUCCUUGAUACUCAAAAUCAUAUUUUGUUUUUCUUUUGUAUAGUCUUCUGACAUUAACGAAGGGUAAUUACGGAUACUAAAUUGAUUUUUUUUUAUUCCUAUAACACUAUAACUUAAAAAAUAGUGCUUCAAAUCAUUUGAUCUUUAGAAGAAAUUAAAUGUAUUGAAUCCAUUUUAAAUUAGCUGUUGUUAAAAAUGUAUUAAAUAUAGCUUUUUUAACUCUUUAAAGUGAAGUAUCCCAUCUCGCCUCCGAUUUUCCUUAUAUCUUUUCUACUAUAUCCUAUCAAUAUUCUCAGUAUUGUUUUUCCUUUUUGCUGCUUUUUUUUUUCGUACGACCUAAUUCCUUCAUCAUCUUGAUUUGUCUUUAAUAACUACGUAUUUGUAUUCCCCCCCCCCCCCCAGUCAUUACCAUGCUUCUCAAACUGUCUGACACACAAUACAUUGUAGGGGAAACGUGGAUAUAGAGAAAAUUGUUUGUCCUCUUCCUAGAAGGUCAUUUUUUUUAAAGAUGUCUACAGCAGGAUUUUGUGAUUUUACCAUCACAAAGGAGAUACAAGACACCGAUAGCAAAGACAAACAGACACAAACACUCUUUUGUUCCCCUGGCAAUCAAAUCAUUAAAUAAGAACAAUCUGGUAUUAACUUUGUCACAUGUAAAUUAUGAGUGAGUCUGGUGUGAAUGUACACUUUGGUUUCUUAUAGUUUUUUGUUUUUUGUUUGGUGUAAUGCACAAAUUGUAAGACAAAUUUCCUUACGGAUAAUAAAGAUUAUUAUUAUUAUUAUUAUUAUUUGCUCAAUUAAAGACAUUCGUCUUAACUAACAUGAUUUUAUUUAAAAAGCAUUGUCAAAAUAAACCAAACUAAGUCAAGGAUGCUAAA